AUGAUCGGUGCUGCCGUAAAAGAGUGUGGAAACACAACAUCACCGAUUGAGAACUUUGAACUUCUAGGAUUCCCCUACCCCAAAGACCUGAAAUUCCUGAUUCUCUUCUUCUUCCUCUUCAUGUAUAUACUAUCUCUUUCUGGAAAUGGCUUGAUCCUCUUAGUAGUAACACUGGAACCUCAUUUACACAAGCCAAUGUACUGGUUCCUCUGCCACUUGUCCCUGAUGGACAUGCUGGUCUCCUCGGUUGUGUUGCCCAAAUUAAUUUCUUGGUUCAUAGGUGGCAAUGGGCUUAUCUCCUAUGCAGGCUGUGUGACCCAGCUUUUCUUCUUCCACUUCCUGGGCUGUACGGAAUGCUUCCUGUACACUGUGAUGGCUUUUGACCGCUUCAUGGCCAUCUGCAAGCCCCUCCGUUACAGCACUAUCAUGAACCACCGAGUUUGCUUCUGCCUUGCCAUUGGUACCUGGUUUGGAGGGUCUAUGCAUGGUGCGAUACAUUCCUCCCUUACCUUCCACUUGCCGUAUGGCUGGAGAAACCAGGUGAACUACAUAUUAUGUGACAUCCCAGCUAUGCUGAAGCUAGCCUGCGCAGACACGUCCCUCAAUGAGAUGGUGACACUGGUGGACAUUGGGUUUGUGGCGAUGGCUUGCUUCCUCCUGAUUCUGACAUCCUAUGUGUAUAUCGUCUCUGCCAUCCUUAGGAUUCCCACUUCUAAAGGGAGGCACCGGGCCUUCUCCACUUGCACAGCCCAUAUUACCUUGGUGUUGAUCUAUUAUGUUCCUGUGGUGUACAACUAUGUGCGCCCACCAUCCCAGGACUCCUUUGAUGGAGUGGUAGUCAUGUUCUAUGCUGCAGUGACCCCCUUCUUAAAUCCCCUCAUAUACACGCUGAGGAACAAAGAGAUGAAAGAUGGCAUACGUAAAUUGUGUAGCAGGAAGGCACAGUGCUAA